AUGUCUUCUCUCCAUCUUAACCAGUCUGGCCCCACUGAAUUUGUGUUCCGAGUAUUAACCACUUCCCCCAAGAUCCAAGUCCUCCUUUUUUGUUUCUUUCUUCUUCUCUACAUAAUGAUCCUCUGUGGUAAUAGCGCAAUUAUUGGGGUUGUAUGUGCCUACAGCUCCCUCCACACUCCCAUGUACUUCUUCCUGUCUAACCUAUCUUCCCUUGAAAUCUGUUACACCUCUACUACUGUACCCUUGAUGCUCUCCAACAUCUUUGGAACUCAGAAGCCCAUCUCAUUGGCUGGCUGUGGGGCUCAGAUGUUGUUUUUCCUCACCUUCGGUGGCGCUGAUUGUUUCCUACUGGCUGUCAUAGCAUAUGAUCGUUAUGUGGCCAUUUGCCAUCCCCUGCACUAUACCCUCAUCAUGACCCAGCAGCUGUGUAUUCAGAUGGUGGUGGGCUCCUUGGGUCUAGCUAUUUGCCUUACACUGCCACUCACAGCACUGGUUUGCUCUGUUCCCUUCUGUGGGCAUCGUCUAGAGAUCAAUCAUUUCCUUUGUGAUGCCCCACCUGUCCUAAGGCUAGCCUGUGAGGAUACCCAUAUACACCAGGCUAUCCUAUAUGUGGUGGGUAUCUUUGUGUUAGUCAUUCCCUUCCUACUUAUCUGCAUCUCCUAUUUUUUCAUUGCUAUCACUAUCUUGCGUAUUCGCUCAGCAGAAGGGCGCCGGAGGGCCUUCUCCACUUGUUCCUCCCAUCUCACUGUAGUCCUGUUGCAAUAUGGCUGUUGUAGCCUGGUCUAUUUACGUCCCAGGUCCAGCACAUCAGAGGACGAAGACCGGCAGUUUGCCUUGGUUUAUACCUUUGUCAUACCUCUGCUUAAUCCCCUCAUUUACACCCUAAGGAACAAAGAUGUCAAAGAAGCUCUAAGAAAAUCUGUGAGUCGCAAAGCAACUUCUGAAACUCUGUGA